CUGAGGGGGGAGCGGCCAUGGCGGCGCGGCUGCUGCUGGCCCGGGCCCUGCGCCUGCUGCCGCGUUACCGCCCGCCCCGCGCCCCCCGCCCCGGCCCCCGGCCCGCCCCGCCGCCCUCGCCCCGCCGGCCCUGGCUGUCCUGGCUGCCGGCUGCCCGCCGCCUCCUCCUGCGCGGCCCGGCCGGCGGGCCGGCGGCGGUGGCGCGGCGGUGGCGCGGCGGGGCCUGCCUGGCGCUGGCGGUGACGCUGGGGCUGGUGGAGCCGCGCCUGGAGGAGCAGCGACGGGCCGAGGCGGCGUGCCGCCACAUCCAGACAGUGUUUGUUGGAAAGAACAAGCCUCAGAAAGAUCCCCUGAGCUCCUUCCGCUGGCAGGGCUUCAAGCUGGAAGAGUAUCUCAUCGGCCAACCCAUCGGGAAGGGCUGCAGUGCUGCUGUGUACGAAGCAGCUAUUCCUCUCUCUCGCUAUCGUCGGGGGCCUGCAGAGAGCAGCUGCCUUGCGGGGCAGGGGCCAGCCGUGCAGCAGGGUCGUGGCUCGGCUUCCCAGGGGGCUGAAGAGGAGCCUGUAGAGAAACACCAACUGAAAGAGGCUUUUCCGUUAGCUAUCAAAAUGAUGUGGAACAUUUCGGCGGGUUCGUCGAGCGAAGCCAUCCUCGCCGCUAUGGGCCGAGAGCUUGUUCCCGCCACGGCGGCUGCCUUGGCCGGAGGGUACGGAGCCGUCUCUGCCCGCAGAAAACCUGUCCUUGGGAGGAAGAAGUUACAGCCUCAUCCAAAUAUAAUCCAGGUGAUCCGAGCGUUCACAUCCUCUGUCCCUUUGCUGCCUGGAGCCCUCGCAGACUAUCCAGAUGUUCUUCCGUUAAGCCUGAAUCCCAGAGGGAUCGGUCACAGCCGCACGCUCUUCUUGGUGAUGAAGAAUUAUCCAUGCACGCUGCACCAGUAUCUGAGGGAGAACAGUCCGGAUGUUUGUCUCUCCACGAUGAUGAUUUUACAGCUCUUGGAAGGUGUGGACCAUCUUGUUCGACAUGGAAUUGCACACAGAGACCUGAAAUCUGACAACAUCCUUGUUGAAUUUGAUUCUGCCGGCUGCCCCUGGCUGGUGAUCACGGACUUUGGCUGCUGUUUGGCAGAUGAGAACAUCGGCUUGAGACUGCCUUUCACCAGCUCCUACGUGGAUCGGGGCGGCAACGGCUCCCUUAUGGCACCUGAGGUGAUCACGGCGACACCCGGUCCAGGCACGGUGAUCAACUACAGUAAAGCCGACGCUUGGGCUGUUGGAGCAAUCGCCUAUGAAAUCCUUGGCUUGGCCAAUCCGUUCUACGGCCACGGGGACUCAGCUCUGGAAAGCAGAAGUUACCGUGAAGACCAGCUGCCAAGGCUGCCCGACCACGUGCCCUGUGAGGUGAAGCAAGUGAUCAAAAUGCUACUUCAGAGGGAUCCCAACAAGAGAUUGUCUGCUAGAGUUGCUGCUAACGUGCUUCACCUAAGCCUCUGGGGUGAAAGCAUUCUAGCGUCCAAGGCCCUGAAACCCGACCAGAUGAUCUCCUGGCUGCUCUGCCAGUCUGCGGCAGCUUUGCUCAUGGAUGGACUGGUGGAUAAAAGCCGGGUGGAGACCAAAAUGAAGAUGUGCUUUUUGGCAAACCUCGAGUAUGAAGACCUCUGGGCAGCAAUAUUCCUGUUGCUGGCCUGGAGAAGCCGGUCUGGGUGAAGAGUACCAUCAGGGACACGACCCUGCGAUAGAUAAAUGGCACUUUCUAAAGGCACGUAGGAAUCUGUCUUUUCUGUCUGCCUGGAAUCCUGUAGUGCUUUAGGGAACAGAACUGCAGGCCUGUGUUUAAGAGGUUGAGUUUAUCUCUAGCAAGUGUUAGUACACACUGCUUUUCUCUCCCUGCUAGAGGAAAUGCCUUGGCUUUGUUACUCUCUUGGUGUGAGGGUGUGCGGACCGUGCAGGUGUCCUGAGGUACGUGGUUGGCUUUGCUCACAUUUGGGAAUUCUGAAUUGACUUCUAAGUUGUGUGUUGAAUGAAGCAAGUUCCCUUUCAGAGGAGGGGGUGUGUGGGAGGAGGCACUGUCUGGCUGCUGGUUACACGGAAGCAUCACGGAUUUAAACCAUACACUGACAAAGGGACAAGCAAUCUUUCUUUUCUUAGGGAAAUCGGUGGUGGUCUUAAGAGGAUAUUCCUCUGCAGCCACAGACAGAUACUGCUAUAAAAUGACAGCCUGAAAGCCUCCUACUGAGGUGCUGCCUGGUAACGUGAGCGUCAGGAGCUGCUCGCUUCGUAGGAUAAUGCACCAUUAAAUACCUCGCUAGUUGUACGCAAAAUAACGGAAGUACAUUGAACCCCAAACCCACUUCUGCUUGUUUCUUGACUGUCGUAAUUAUCGGGGUCUGAGGCUGAGUCCAGCUGUGUCCACUGAGGGAUAAUGCUGCCAACAAAAUGGGGCUGAGCAGCAGUGCCUGCUUAAAGAGUUUAAUGUCAUGCUCUUGUGUUUUACUGACCCGUCUUUUCUGUUGAACGGUGAAGUGUAAUUUCCUUUGGCCGGGCAGGAUAGGAGACAUCCAUGCUUGAACAGCAGUCGUGAUUAUGAAAACAUCAUUUCAUUUCAUGUCUGUAAUCGUGUUUAGAGGAACUUGGGGAGAAACUUAUGCUUGUUGCACAAUAAAUUGAAGAUUAAGCUCU